AUGUCUCGGGAAGAGCGAAAAGAAAAGAAAAACCGCGAGAUUGCUGACGCCAUCGCCAAUGUUCAAGAUGAAGCCACGCAAAUCGACAUUAUCAUGAAGAGGCGAGGAUGCUUUGGACCAAGCGAAGACGACAAAUUCUAUCCAAUCGUACAAGACUACCUGAGUAGCGAUACCAGCGCUAAAGACGCAGCAAAGAAACUCAUUGAACCCAUCAACAACGCCAUCCUCCAAAACAAGAAGGACCUUCCCUUCCUCUGUCUCUGGUAUUCGAUAAUCCACUCUGCCAAACGUCUCCCCUUCCGCGACACCACCGGCCUCAACAAACUUGUCACCCUCAUGGAGACGAUAAAAGCCAGCUUUCCACCUCCAACCGCCAAAGACUCAGAUAUGUACACCUGCCUCCGCCAUUUCGGCAUGGCCGCGCGCGAGACUAUGAAUGACAGCCCUGGAGGCCAGUGUGGCUACAUGUUGCAAGAAGUACACGCAUAUGCCAACAUGCUCUACUUUUACGCACUCAUCACGCGCGAAAACGUGGCUAAUUUCUGGACAUACUGCAUCUGGGAAAUGCGCAGCGCACUCGAGACACCACACAAGGACGAUUCGAAGGGUACGGCGAUACAGAAGUACAACGCUUUUAUCCCCUCAGCUGCCGUCUGGAUCUUUGCUAUGGGCAAACAAGUCUACGAAAGAGACCAAGACCUUACCCCAAAGAAGGCGACUGAGGGGAAUCCAGGUAGUGGUGGACCGUUAUGGGAAGGUAGAGCAGAGUUUAGUAAGCAGAGGUGGGCGCUGUGGAAGAAGAGGUUUGUGGAACUUGCUGAGAUGGAGGGGUUGACUGAGGAGGUUAGGGGGAUUGCCAAAGAGGCUGCUGAGAAGAUGGAUGGGAUUGAUGGCGGGGCGAAGUAG